AUGGUGUUUGCUGCCACUGCGCUUAUGUCGAUGUCUGCUAUCCUUUCUUCGGCUGUCGGGAUCCCUUGCAGCGUCGCAAUGGGCGACGACAAGAAUUGCACGGCUUUCGUUGCUUACAGACCUCGGCGUGCUGACACGUGGCAUGAUUUGGCGAUAAGAUUCGCACAGGAUCCAGUCAUUAAUCCUUAUCCAAUCCUAAUCCAUGGCGGUUCAGAUAAUGAUCUGCUGACACUGCUGUCGCUGUUUCCAGUUCCAUGCUCUUGUAAUGAAUCGCGGCGACAGUUUGAGACCGACAUUUUCUAUACUGUUGAGACCGGAGAUAGCCUUUCCGGGAUUGCCUAUCUUAAGUACGAGUCCCUCUUAUCCGUUGCGGAUAUGGUUCAAGCAAACGGUGUAUCGGAUCCAGAUUACGUUCGCGUUGGAUGGAGGCUAAAAAUAGCCAUCCGCUGCGCGUGUAACUCCUCGUCAUCAGCAGGUCGCGACUUCGAUUCCUAUAUCACCUAUUGUCCCAAUUCCACUUUCGAAACGCCCGCUGACGUGGCACAGAGAUUCAACACCACCGUCGCUGCCAUUCGGACGGUCAACGGAAUUGUCGGACCAAGGUUUGACCUUUUCGAUCGCGACAACCGCCCUUUGGUUAUCCCGACGCACAGGAUCUUCCAGAGACCCUCGGCCCCGCCUCCUGUCGACGCGACCCCUGUAAUGCCGUCCGUCGCAACACCGCCAGCACCGAGCGUGUCGGGGCCCCGAUCCCGAUCUUCUUUCGCAGUCAGCAGCAGCCAGAUCGCGCUGUCGGUGCUCAGCGCGCUCGUGGUGGUUAUUUUUGGCGUUAUCUGCGCUCUGAUCGUGUGUUUUGUGAGGCAAUUGCGCUUGGCGCGCAGUACCGGGGCCAGAUUUGGACUUUGCCUUAGGCUUCGCCCAAGUGCGCCACGUGGCAUUGGUGAUCGUGAAGUGGAUAAGGCUACAAGACGGCCACGUCAGUGCUAUCCUCUACCUCCUCCUCCUCCUCCUCCUCCUCAAAGAGUGAAAAGAGGCAGAGAUGAGGAGGUGAUUCUCCACAAGUUUGACUGCGGAGAGGCUGCUGCAGGUCGUGCGGUUGCAGAGGUUGGCUGCUGCGAAGCUAAUGAUGUGGGAAGAGCAGGAGCAGAGGGAGGAGGGAGAAGAGGAGGAAUGGGAGGAGGAGGAGGAGGAGGAGGAGUGAGGAGAGAUCAUAUUAAGCGGCACAAAUGUGAAACGGAUAAUAAGGUUAUAAACAAUCUUGAUCUGUCGGAGCUAGAGAAGGAAGGUCGAAAGUUCAUUGUCUUUUCACGAGAAGAGCUUGAACAGGCCUCCAACGGGUUCUCCAGCGAUAAUCAGAUCGGUAGAGGCUCCUCUUGCAGAGUGUUUUACGCUCAGCUGCGAGACAGAGAGGUGGCCAUUAAGAGGAUGAGGUUGGUCUGGCGACGACAAUUCCAAAAAGAGCUGAGAAUUCUGAGUCAAGUCCAUCACAGGCACCUUGUUGAGCUCAUAGGGUUCUGCACAGAGCAGUACCUUUUCCUUGUGUACGAGUACUGCCACCAAGGGACGCUUAGCAGCCACCUGCACUCGCCUGACACCUGCGGUGGGCCUCUGGACUGGAGGACGAGGGUUCAAAUCGCACUAGAUGCAGCUCAAGCUUUGUUGUAUAUUCACGACCGGGUGCAUCCUGCCUACGUCCACUGCGACAUCAAGUCGCUAAACAUCCUGUUGGACCGGGAUCUCAGGGGCAAAGUCGCCGACUUUGGGGUCAUCAAACUUAUCAUGCCGGAGGGAGAGAGUUUGGCGGCUGCGGGUCUUCGGCACUCCCGGAAGAAAAAUGGUACCUUGUCGACCAAAUUUGCCGGGACGUGGGGCUACAUGGCCCCGGAGUAUAUGAUCUAUGGAGAGGUCACUCCAAGUUGUGAUGUCUACUCUUUUGGAGUAGUACUUCUCGAGCUCAUCACCGGUCAAAGGGCCAUAUUGCCUCGAGAAAGGUUAGCGGCGGCAGAAAAUUCGGAACUUGCAACCCAUGUUACUCAACCACCUACCUUACCUGCAACCCUGGCCUCCUCAGUUGCCCCCCUCAUCAAGCAGAUGACUGCAGCAGAAGACGUGUCUGCCAUCGUAGACCCUCGGCUUGACAUUGCCUACCCUACAGACCUGACUCUUCAGCUAGCCAGACUGGCCGCACAGUGUGUGGAGCUCGAGCCCGAUGACCGGCCGGAAAUGAAACGAGUUGUGUACGUUCUCGACGAAACACUAAGUCUUGCAAUCUCUCGGGUGUGUUCAUCAAACACUGAUGACAAAAUGUUGGCGGUGAGGAUUGCACAAGAUUCAAUCCCGGUGUGA